CCAAAAGCUUCAUAGAGGUUUUAGCAAUUUACUCAAAGUUAAACGCGGGAGUAGUGCCAAACUGUCAACUGCCAAGCCCGACGGUAGAAUUUCUUAUCUGAUUAUGAUACCGAAGAAGCAUGAUACCUAGAAAACAAAUCAACCGGUAUCGUAAAAGUGGUAACCUGCUUACCGGUAUUUAUCAAAAUAUCAUACCCUUGCGACUUGCGUCAUCGUAAAGUUUCCUACAGUUUAUCUUGGUGCGUAUGUGUUUACGCGCGCUAUUUUUUUUUUUUUUUUCAAACCCAAGGGCUUUGAACGGAGAAAUACCAACUGAUCUCCAAACUCCGUUGCGACUAGUCUUCCCAUUAAUUUCUGCUUUGAAAAUGGCCCCGGCCUUACUCGUCGGCCAUUUUACCAGCCACGAGGUUGCAGAGUGGGUGGAUGGCAUGGGUGGGGUCCAAUAUUUUAUGAGUUACACCGAGAAUAUUUCUUUGGUCAAAACCACACUAGUUAGAGGGAUAUUGCGGCAUUCACAGAUAAAGAAAAUGCUAAGGUACCCCUCUUACAAAACAAUUUGCACAGCAAGAUGAUCUCUGUUUCAAGGAAUACAUCAGAACUUCAACAAUCAACACUAAUAUCAGAUAAGUAGUUCAAGUGUAAUUCUUUCUCAUCCAAAUUUUAAAAGUUAGAUCCUUUUUUUUAUUCAGUCAGAACUUGGUUUCAAUUGAUAUGGGCAAUAAAAGAAGAGAAUACUUUUUUAUUCAUCAUAGCGAGUCACGUUGAGAACUGAAUUAAGAAGUAACCUUUUCAUUUUAUCAUGUUCUUUUCUUUUUUUUCUUUCUCCUUUUUGAUGAGCUACGCCCGCAGGAUCGUGUUGCAUACUCUCCUGGGUUGGCUUGGCUUGGACCGGCCAUGAAAAACUGGCUCCACUCAGUUAGUAAUCCCGAUGAAUCAGACGACAGUGAAUCUUCGCCGGAAUAAACAAUCUAACUCUUACUCUUUUCCAUCACCAGUAGAGCCAAGCCCAGAGUCCAGUUUGCACGCUAGGGUCGGAACCGCUGCCGGCAAGCCUGGCAAGUGAUCUCCAUGCACGUAGAGUCAACCUGGUGGGUUGCCAUCUCCUUCAUUCUCUUGGCCUUCUCCACCUCCUCCCGAGCUCUCUCCCACAAGUGCUUUGCCCGCAUGAAUUCUGACUGCGCCAACUCCAUCUCCCGUCUCGUCAGCUCCCUCACUUGCUCUGCAUAAGCCUUCUCUAUGGUAGCUAAUCGAAUUUGCUCUGCGGCCUGCCACUUGAGUGCCUGAACGCAGCUCAAGUCGGUCUUUGCAUCACCCUCACGAAGGGACCCUGCCAGGAGACAAUCUGACUGUGGCCGAAAUGGCCGGAGGCUGAUCGAUAGCUGCAAGUCGAGCGAUGGGCCAUCAAAAGGAUCGGAUAGUGUCAGUCGUGACUUCCGGUUGGAAGAACCGGACAUACAUGAAGAACGAUGUGUUGGAGAGGAUGAAGGGUGCAAGGAUGCUGGGAGUAAUUGUAGUUCCUUGUGAUCAUUUUGUUCCAUUGGAGACGAUGAAAGAGCAGUGACUGAGUGACUGAGAGUGAGUGAACAAGGGAGAGCCGAAUGAAGCUUGAGAGCUGUGGGAUGACCGAAAUGAUAUCUCUAUAUACUAGUUUUCCCGAUGAUUGAAUUACCAAAAUGCCCAUGCUUCCUUACAGAAUGAAUUUUUACACUUUUUUAACUAACCACGAACCUCAGUCAGUCUUCAUGUCAUGUCCCAGUAACCCAGUCCCCACUUACAAUUACGAGCCUGCCCUUCACCUUGUUUGGGUAAACGAUGUUGUUAUUGGAGGUAAAAGUGCUAAAAUCGAGGGGCAUUUGCGGCUACCAGUGCUUAAUGAAGAAUUCCAUUAUAUUUGGAAGAAAUCAAGAAAUGGGUCGCGUUAUUUGGCAAUGAAUGGUUCUUUAGUUCUUUCUCUCA